AUGUUUGAAAAAGAUGGUUUAUUGACUUUAUAUAGACUAGGUUCUGUGUAUUGUGAUGGAAUUGAAACAAUUUUCUUGUUAUCCAUUCUUUGUGUUUUUGCUUCUCAUCUUCAUGUCUUCACUUAUGAUGGUACUGCUUGUCGCAUUAUGACAUACCAAUCACCAAUCCCAGUUGAUCAAGUGAAGCCGUUAACUGAAUAUUAUGAUGGAGAAGCCGCACCUGGCAUGCGAGGCAGGGUACGUCAUGAUCAAGGUCAAGGAAAGAACGGAGGUACUGGCAAUGGUGUAGCCGAGUAUAGUAAUGGACAUUGGGAUGGUGGACGUGGAUAUGGAGGUCGAGGUCGAGGUUAUGCCAGAGGACGCAGUUCCCGUGGACGCGGAAGGUGGUAUGGUGGUGGAAACAUGCAGCAUGAGUCAGGAUAUAACAAUGGUUAUAGUGGAUCAGGAGCCUUCCCUCCUCAAGGACGAGGGCGUGGUCGUGGAAGGGGAAGCGGUCAUGGUCAUGGGCUAGGUUUUAGAUCUGAUGGGCCAGUCCAAGUCCAAGCAACUGCUUGAAUGCUAAACUUUGGAGGUACUACUUUGGUAUCUAGUUGAAAAGUAGUAUGGGAUGCCUGUUCAGCACUUGAUCUUCUAAAGUUAAAUGAACUUUAGACUUAAAUUAUUUAUGGCAGCGGUUAGUUACUUAUGAUUUGUACAAGAUUUGGCAAAUUUGAUCUUCUGUAGGUUGCAAUUUUGUAGGAAGUAGUAGAUAGGAUUGUGAAGUUAUCACUAGUCCUUAGUUAAUGUUGUAUAAUUUCUGGAGUUUUUU